AGAUAGGAGGGGGGAGUUCCCAUCCCCCACAAAAAAGGUGGUGGCAAAAAAGUUCUUUUUGUACACACUGCGAUGAUGAUGCCUGCAAUCUCCAACAGCAAACACCACCAACACCAAAGAUAACCAACACUCCCCAAAUUCCCACUCCCCCUUUUUUUCUCUCUCCCUACUUCUCUCUCUCUCUCUCUUUCCUCUCCUAUUGUUUUGUGACUUUGUAGCUUAUUAUACCCAUAAGCAACAAAGAGCCAUGGUGAUCAGUCUCUCUGGAUUUUCAUGCAAUUGUGGUGACAUAAACCCAUGAAAGGCUGAGAGCAAAGACAGAGCCACCAUGGACAAACAGUGUGGGUGUUGGGCUGUUCUCAGACGCGGUGUUAGUGGUUCCUGCAAGUCCUCUGCUUCUAAAGACUCUGCUAACUCUAUUCCUCGUACCAGUCUUGUGUAUGAUGCAGCAACCGAAACCAGAUAUCUGAACGCUAGCAAUAGAGACCUCUUGCCCCCUAAUGAAGCCCAACUAUCGUCAGAUACUCCCAAUCCACCACCAUCAGAUGAGAAGCCUACUCGCCAGUUGCUCCAAUUCACUUUUCAGGAGCUGAAAUCUGCAACUGGGAACUUCAGACCUGAUAGCAUUCUUGGGGAAGGUGGAUUUGGAUUUGUCUUCAAAGGGUGGAUAGAGGAAAAUGGAACAGCACCAGCAAAACCUGGGUCAGGGAUUACAGUAGCAGUUAAAAGCUUAAAGCCAGAUGGUCUCCAAGGCCAUAGAGAAUGGGUGGCUGAGGUUGACUUUCUGGGACAGCUCCACCAUCCAAAUCUUGUAAAGCUUAUUGGGUACUGCAUUGAAGAUGAUCAACGGUUGCUCGUUUAUGAGUUUAUGACCCGUGGGAGUCUUGAAAAUCAUCUCUUCAGAAGGACUAUACCUCUGCCAUGGUCCAAUAGGAUUAAAAUUGCACUUGGUGCAGCAAAAGGAUUGGCCUUUCUCCAUAAUGGUCCAGAACCAGUCAUUUAUAGAGAUUUUAAGACGUCCAACAUCCUGCUUGAUUCGGAAUACACUGCUAAGCUUUCAGAUUUUGGUUUGGCUAAAGCUGGGCCGCAAGGAGACAAAACACAUGUUUCUACCAGGGUUGUUGGAACGUAUGGCUAUGCUGCCCCAGAGUAUGUCAUGACAGGACACUUGACCUCUAAAAGCGAUGUUUACAGCUUCGGUGUAGUUUUACUUGAAAUUUUGACAGGAAGAAGAUCGAUGGACAAGAAACGCCCAAGUGGGGAACAAAACCUCGUCUCUUGGGCUCGGCCAUAUUUAACUGACAAGCGAAAGCUUUUCCUUCUCGUGGAUCCCCGCUUGGAAUUGAAUUACUCCAUCAAAGGGGUACACAAAGUCUCACAGCUGGCUUAUGACUGCCUUAAUAGGGACCCCAAAACCCGGCCUACAAUGGAUGAAGUAGUGAGGGUUCUUACUCCAUUGCAAGAUCUUAAUGACCUCGCCAUCUUGUCUCACCAUGCUCGUUUAUCUCAACAAGCAAGACGCAAGAAGAAACCCGAUCAUCAUGGAAGUCAACAGCAGCUGACCUUCGUCCACUCUAAGAGCAUCAGAGCUUCUCCAUUGAAUACUGGGAAGCAGCAACGUCGAUGAUGGCUUGGCCGACUCAAACUAUUGAAUGAAACAAAGUCAUCACCUUUGUUAAAUGGGGUUGUGUGAGGACAAUUUUUUGUGCUUGUGUAACUUUUGGGGUGUAUGUAAAAGGGGCACACAAUGGAAGAGGAAAUUAGAUGCAUGAGAUCCCUUUCUUUGAAUUCCCCUUUGCUUCCAUUAGAGAGCUAACCAUGAUCAAUUUGGAACAAUCCUCACGAUUUGUCUAUGUUUCUGAUAUCUAUGUUGUAAUUAGAUCAGACCGCUGAUCAUUUCAAAGAUUGUUAUUUGCAGCUACAUGAAUGCCAGUUGCUUUGAGGAUUUAUAACUGCA